UUUAUAAUUAUUUUUUCUCAAGCUCUUGUCAUAUUCAAAAUAUUCUUGAAGUCAAAUUAUCGGAUUUUUCAGUCCACAGAGAUUCAUUCUCAAACAUCCUUUGUUUUACAGAAACUUUCGUCUUAGGUCACAUAAUUGUUUUAAUGAGCUAGGUAAAAAAACACUAAAUUGCAAUUUUAGGUAUCUUUUCUAUUUAACAUUUGUAUUCCUAGAUGUGAAUUAUGAUCAUGGUCUUGAGGCCCUCCAGAAAUGUUGCAUUUCUAAAAUUAGACAACCUGUUCCUUAAAUUGAUGUUUUUGUUUCUUUUCCCACUUUCUCUCUUACUUUAAAAUCAUAGAAUUCCCAAAAUUUUAGUAGUGGUAGAAUUUAAUUAUAUAAUUUAAUAUAUGUUUGGGGUUCUUAUGUUCUUUGUAGGAUGAGGUGAUGGUAUUGUUUUCUGUUCCUAUAACCCCAGGGGUGUUUUAAAUUAUUUUAAGAUGAAGAAUUGCUGUUAAUAUUUGUUUUUAAGGUUAUUUAAUUCAGAUAUUCUUGGAUUGACUCUUCAUUGGCAGAUUUACUAUGGGUUUAUACCCAGUGACUUUUGAACACUUACCUUCAAGUUUUCAUUUUAAUCAGACUCUGUACAUUAAUAAAGUAAAAAUCUGUUUUAAAAUAGCCCAAAGGAAUUUUGAACUUGGAAGGUAAUUUUUUAAUGUCAAAUUCAUUAACAAUAGUGGGGUUAUUUUAUUGGUAGCACUUAGUAUAGUUUCAUGUCUUAUUGUGUGUCAGAUUUUAAAUUAUAAUAUAGUUAUAUAGUAUCACUUGUUUAAGAGCCUUCUUAAACAGCCCCUUCCUUGGGAAGUAAAUUCCUUCCCUUAAGAAGAGAAUUCCCAAACCUCCAUCAAGAACCAGUCAUUUUAAAUAUCUGUAAGACAAGUCUUGGAAAGGCUUGACUUUAGUCAGUAGAAAUGAUAGCCCAUUUCCAUGCUGCAUACAGUUGUUAGGGUUUGUAAAGGUGUCAUUAUAUAUAAGUGCAAAAGCAGGAAAAACUAUAAAGUUGCCUAUAAAUUUUCUAGUUUUCAUUAUUUGCACUAUUAUCUUUGCACUUGAUAUUUUGGAAGUUAAGACUAGUCACUUUCACUUUUGUUUCUAGUCUUUUCUAAUUUCUUGCAGAAUUAUGUUUUCAAGAUCCCACCCAAAGCAAAACUUAUAUGCAAUUAAAUCUGCUUUAUAAGACCAAGGAAAUAUUUCUUAAUGUUAGCUAUAUAAUACAAGAAUUUGUUUUGAUAAAAAUUUUUAAUAAGGGCCCUUAUUUGCCAAUGAAAUCUUUUGUAAAUGUGAGCUUUAUUGAACUGUUUAAAUAAAAUGAAAGUUUAGGAUAGGAUAUGUAUAAUGAUGUUGUUGAAAUCCAACUUCUGGCUUCAGAUGGCCUGGUUUUGGAGUGUUGGUCUGUUUUUACUUAGUCAAUGAGAUCCGAAUCUUACUGGGUAAUGCUUAAAACGCUGAAAGCGAAGUGGGUUGCAAGUGGCAGCUCCCUCUUUCAUGUAGUUUUUCCAUAAUGUUCCUAUAGUUUUCCUCAUAAUCUCUGUGAUUUAACUGGUAUUAAAAUAAUUAAAUGACUAUUCCUUUUUGGAAUUUACAAUUGACUCCUUUUUUUUGAAGGGAGGGGACAGCAAAGGAUGUGAGACUUUAUUUUAAUCAGAGGUUAUCUUAUAACCUCACUGAUAAUGCUCUACAAAGAGAACAAAAAGUGUACCUGUGAACAUAUCUUUUUGUCUUAGUGAGAUUGUGCAAUGAAGUGUUCAGAAUUGCAAAAAUGACAGUUUCAUCAAUAGAACAAAGAUGUGUUUGGGGCUUAAUUUUUUUAAGUUACUUAAUUAUUUCAUUUUGUAUUCCUUGCCCAUAGCUUUUUACACACCUCAUACUUAAAACCAACAAGUGAGAGAGAGGCUUUUCAGAUUUGGUUUAUUUUUGGAAUGCUUGAGUGUGUUUCUGGAUGGAGGAGGGGUGUUAAUUCUUGACAUGCUCUUCUCAGCAUGUUUUGCUAGUCAUUCUGGAUCUUAUGUUUGCAAAUUCUGUUGAAAUUCUGUGAUGUAUUUGAAAUGAGAAUGUCUUCUAUGACAUGGUGUGAAUGUUUGUGGCUGGAUUCUAUUGUGGAACUUGUGGCUUUGUUUUCAAUUUGAGUAGGAACUUUAACUUCCAUUGUCCAGAUUUUAGGUUUAUCUGGUAGAAUUGUGCCAGGUAGUCUCUAAAUGUGGACCAAUUUUGAAAAUGAUGGUUACAAAUGUACAUUUGUCUCUAGAUUAUCCUGUACUCAAAACCCAUAUCAUUAAUUACCUAUGUUUCAUGCUGUUAGAUCUUUCAGUGUGGAUGAUAUUCAGCAUUAGAUCCAUGAAUUAAUUCCUUUAAGAAAAAAGAAAUUCUGUUUCCAAACCUUUUCCUGGAGACUUAAAAUUACCCAUAUGGAAAAUGGGGUGGGGGAAUGAAGAAAUGGCUUUGAUUACUUUUUAAUGGAAGUUUAACCAGCUUAAUUAAUCCUUUUUUUUUUUUGUUUGAAUCACUUAUUUUCUAAAUGAGAACAAUAACAACAACAAACUAUCAGCAUUCCUUCCUCCUUUUUGAGGCCAUUUUUCAUUUUCUGCCUCCAUUUCCUAAUCCUGGUAUUGAAUGAAUUACGGGUAUUCUUCUAAUUCCCUAUAACCCUUUUUUGGGGGGUCGCAGAUAUCUUCAAUAAUUUGAUGAAAGUGAUGGACCGUCUCCCCAGAAAAAAUGCACAUACACAUAAUUUUGCAUACAACCUCAGGGGCAUCACAGAUCUUUUGAAACCCAACUUAAGGAUCUCUGCUCUAAGUAAAUUCUAGAUAAAAUUGUAAUGCAAAUAGUUGAUAAAAAUAGGAACUAUCAACUUUAAAUAUUUCAGAUUCAAAUUAUUAAAUGGUGGCCCCUACUAGCAAAAUGUGGCAUUGCAACCAGCUUUGUUAGACAUUGUAACAUCCAGACAGAAGGAAAAGGAAGCAAGACUCUGAGAACUAUUUAUAAAGAGUCAAGGCAUCUCUAGACAUGGGAGCCAUUUUUGGUUCAAGGCAGGGAUCAGGAUGCCUGACAACUUCUAGCAGGGUAGAGUUUGAUAAACCAAUGCUCAGGAUGCCAAGGGGUUAGCUAUUAUCUUAACCCCUGCCUCACCAAAAGAUUUUAGUUUUGCCUAUUGGGAAACAAGAUGUCACUAGGGAAAAAAAAAGAUUUGCCUUACAACUUUGCUGGAACACAUCAGUUUGGUGGGACACUAGCAUUAUUUUUAAGAUGGUACAUUAAACCAAAGUAAAUUAUUCUCUAUGUAGAACAUUAUUUACUAGUAACAUUUAUUUGGGUGUAUUAGCUUUGACAAUUUUUACCAGUAAAUACUGAUUUUAUUUAAAACUGGGAAUCCAGUUUAUAAAUAGGAUAGUUAAUAUAUCCAUUCUUCUUCCCCAUGUAAAGAAUAGUUUAGAGGUUUAUGCAUACUUUUUACUUUACUCUCUUGAUACCAUGGGGUGGGUUGGAAGGGGGGAAUCUUUGACUCAACAACUGACAAAAUGUCAAAAAUUCAGAAUUCACAAUUUGAGAAGCAGCACUUUAAUUCUAACUCUACACCAUUUUAGUGCAUGUAUUAAUUUUAAUAAUGAUUUUUGGUGCAUGCCUUUGGGCUUAUUCAAAAGUGUACAAUAGAAAAGUGUAUUUCCUUUCUUAGAAAGGAGAUGUUUUUCUACUUUGCAACAUGUGAUUACAAAAAUCUUCCUCUGUGGGAAGAUUACCAUGUAUUGAACUACUGAAAAGUAUAUAUUUUUAGAUAUACAGAAGGAAUAAUCUACAUGGAGCAGCAUUCAGACCUAUAUAGAAGUCAUAGCAUUCUGUAUAGGACCAAAAAGGAAGUAACAUUAAACACUUAAACAGGCUUUGUUGGGUAGAAAUACCUUUAGAUCUUGCAUUGACUUCCAAAAAAAAAGAGAAUACCACAGAAGUUUGCUGAAACUUUUGUUUGAAUUUUCUCUGUCAGUGUAUUUAACCCAAAACAACAGCUUUGGGUUAGCACAUAUGUAAGAAUCAAAACACAACAAAACAAAAUAGAUCAGUCUGGUUUGCCAAUCCAGCCUAACUGAAAUAAGUAACUAAUCACUUGCAACAUGAAUAACUGUACAACUCCUCUAAGGUUUUGACAAAAUAACCUUGGCUGAUGUGGGAAGACUCCCACAUGGAUUUCUGACCUGACAGUGAAGAUUCAUGCUUGACAUGAUUUCAAACCUGACUGUCUGUUUAAGGAGCCAUGGUACAGUUUGCUAAUUCAAUCCCAGAUACCUGUUGAUUACCUGUGAGAUCUAGAGUCCAAAGUAGCCAGCAGCUGUAUCCCUGGGUGCUCUGUGCCCAUCAGAUAGCAUAAAGUAAGAGAGUUGGGACAGGCCACAGCUCAGAUGAUUGACCUCAGGUGCUGUAGACAGCUCCAGAUUCAAAAAUUGUAUCUGCUUUCUUGGGAGUCAUCACUGAACUAAUGUCCCACACUGUUACUUACUAUAGAUGCUUUCUCCUACAGGAGGCCCAGAGCACACAUCCUAAUUGCUUGUGGUACUCAGAGAGGGGGUGCUAACUCUGAUGCCCUGGCCAAGUUCCAGUUUAGGGAUGUGGGUCUUCUUGUCAUUCUAAUUGGAAAUGUUCAUCACUUCCCAUUUUUCCUGUGGCUCUCCGUGCAAACUACACUAGUCUCUUUCUUUGCCCCAGUCCCAAGUCUCUAAGAUACUGGUGUGUAUUAAUUAUGUGGGCCAAAUUCAUGCCGUAUUCUCAUGCACAAGAGUUCAAGAGUAAAUGAGCUUGGUGUCAGAAUGGCCUGUGGUUGGGAAAUGGACUUUUGUGAUGUUUAGGGAUGAAAUGGGCCCACGUUUAGCGUAAGUUUGGGAAUAUACACUAGCAGGAGGCUUACAGCCAUGAGGUGUCAGCUGAAAUCGAUUUUCCCUCUUUUCUUAUGGCAUAAUUAGAAAAUCUGUUGGGCAGUCAGGGAAGGCCGGAGUUCUGCAGCUUUAAUCUGGGUAACUAAGGCUGGUUUGAGCAAGACUUUGGUUAAUUAACUGGGUUCUCAGAUGCCACAGACUCCGUGAGAAGUCACCAUUAUUUUCAAUGGUUGUGAUAGAAUUUCCCCCUAGUAGCCAUUAUUUUAAGAUUAUAUUGCAGAGUUGCUUUAUUUUGAGCUUUUUGUGUAUACACAAUCCCAAACUGGAAGAAAUUUUAAAAAGGAAUCCUGCUGUGAAAGGUAUAUAUUACUCUAGAUUUUUCUUACUGUAAAUAUUGUAAGAUUGUAAUACUGUCGAUAUUUUAUUAACCAACAAAUGUUAAUCUAUGUGAAUUCAGACUUAUUUUAAAUGUGCUUCUUAUUUACUGUGUGUGGUCCCUGUUGCUGACAGUAUUAAGUUAUAUUCUGAUGUAAGAUUAACUUUAUUAAAGAAUGUAAACAUUAAUGUUUCCUUAUGGGAAAACAUAUAAAGUAUAAAGAAGACAAUUCUUUUCAUCAAAAUAUACUGUGUAUUUACACUUGCUAGACCCAGCACCACUCACAAAUUUAGUACAUUGCUCAGAAUUUCAGUUAACACAGCUGACAUGGUUGUACUCUGUCUGAAAGUCUUAAAGAUUAGGUGUUGUUGGAAUAUAAACAGUUUGUUUUGUCUGCUGUGAAUCAUACUCUUGAAAUUUCUAAUCAAGUUUGUAAAAUUUUUAUAGUAAAACAUUUUAAUGGCAAUUUAAAAUUUUGUCUUCUCUAAAGAAUGGUAAAAAAAAAUCUGUUCAAAAAUGGAAUUGUUCUUUAAUAUCUUUCCAAAAUGACUUUGGUUAAAUGGACCAGAUGUAUAUUAGUUAAAAUUUAGAAUAAGUUGUUGAUAUUCUUUGCGUUUACAAGUUAAUCCUUAUUGGAGAUGUGCCAAUAUAUAGUAGAAUAUCAUUAAUUUGCACUGUUUGGGGACCCCAUUUAAGAAUGCUGAAUUUUGCCAACUAAAAUGUAAGCAAAUGUAAUUUAAAAAGUAAAUUUGAGCAUUCUGUAUUAAUUAUGUGCAGUUAUCAUAUGAAGAAGCGCAGUGUGUUGGGCUGUAAUAUAACCAUAUUUGCUGUCAUGUUCUCCCAUCUCAGUGCUGGGAACUCACCAUGUGGAAACCAAGCAAAUGUGUUGUGCAUCAGCCGGCUUGAGUUUGUUCAAUAUCAAAGCUGAAACUAGCGAGGUCUGCUGUACUGCUUAUUGAAGUAUUGUGAUUCUUUUAGGCAUUGAUUCUUACAAAAUAUAUACUGUAACAGUAUACUUUGUACAGAUUUAAAUUUUAUUUGAAAAAAAUGAAAUAAAGUAGGCAAAAAAUAAAGAUGUUUAUUUUUCAUGUGACUAUAUAAGCAA